UAUAAGAGGGUGGCUUGCACAGGCUGUAGAUAGAGAGGAGAGCAUGCAUGGAGGCCCACUCACACAGGCUGUAAAGCGGGUGGAAAGCAUACAUAAAGGAUGGAGGGUGGCUCACACAGGCUGUAGAUAGAGAAAGAGAGAAUACAUGAAGGGCAGCUCACACAGGCUGUAGAUAGGAGGAGCCCAUACAUGGAGGGAGGCUCACACAGGCUGUAGAUAGGGGAAAAAGGCAUACUUGGUGGGAGGCUCACACAGGUUGUAAAUAGGGAGGAGAGCAUACAUAGAUGGCAGUGCUCAUAGGCUGUAGGUAUGGAGGAGAGCAUACAUGGAGGACAGCGAACAUAGGCUAUAAAUAGGAGAGUAUAUAUAGAUGGCAGCUCACACAGGUUGUAGAUAGGGUGGAGAGCAGAAAUGGAGGGCAACUCAUACAGGCUGCAGAUAGGGAGGAGAGCAAAUACAAGGCAGUCUGUACGGUAGAAUCAUAAAGGCUGUGUACAAGUGUAGAGAGAACAUAGAGCAUCCACAGCAAAUUGGAGAAGCUGUAGAAAAUAAACAAAGUAAGAAUUUUUUAAAGGUUAAACCAAGGUAAUUUCCUAUUUUAGGGUGACGAUCAGAUUCAUAGUAAAGUAGACAUUAUAGAGGAUGAGGAGACUGACAUGAUGACUGAAAUUAAGAAGGAGGAAAAAAAUGCACAUAUCAGAUCAGAUGGAUCCAGGAAGAGGAACCCACCAGAGAGAAGUCCGGAUUCCCAGGACUGUCCGGGGGGAGAUCACAACUUCUCACAAGAUCCUCAGACUCAGAACUGUGGACAACAGUAAAAGAAAACCGUCUGAACUACAGAACUUCCUGCCCAACAAACAGGAUGAAGAUCUAAUGGAUUUAAAUGUAAAGGUGAUUGAAGAUGAGGAGGAGGCAUCCCUGUGGGACUAUAGACCGUAUACUGAAGAGGACGCCCCCGCGGGUCACAGCGCAGAAUGUAGCAGUGAAGGUGCGGACAUGACGCAGGAUUCCCUGGGAGAUCUCCCCAUCACCUCAGCUGUGUCCCAGCUCUUCCCAUUCAGCACAGACCUGGCAUCUUAUGUGGAUCCAUUUUCAGAUAAACCGUAUCUUGGGCCCCAUAACUCAGAGCAAAGUCCGGGGGAACUAUAUUCCUGCCCUGAAUGUGAGAAAUGUUUUAUGUUUAAGUCCAAGCUUCAUAUUCACAUGAAGACACACAGGAAGAAGAAGUUCUUGUGCUCUGAGUGUGGGAUUUAUUUCUCUCUAAAAUCGGCUCUUGAUCAACAUCAGAAAAUCCAUACAGAAGAGAAAGGGUCUGGUAUAGUCCAGCAUCCGGACAGUCACAUGGCAGAGACAUUGUUCCACUGUUCAGACUGCGGAGAACGCUUUGCAGACAGAUUUCUUUUGCUGAACCACCAGAGAAACCACAUGGGGUUGAAGACUUUUCAAUGUUCUGAGUGUGGGAAAUAUUUUUCAUUAAAGUCUGCUCUUGUGCGACAUCAGCGAAUUCACACAGGGGAGAAACCAUUCCCAUGUCACGAAUGUUGGAAAUUUUUUUCUGUGAAAUCUAAUCUUGUAAAACACCUGCGGAUCCACACAGGGGAGAAGCCGUAUCUGUGCUCAGAGUGUGGGAAGAGGUUCACGCAAAAGCCACAUUUUAUUAAGCACCAACGAACUCACACAGGAGAGAAGCCAUAUCCAUGUUCUGACUGCGGGAAAUGUUUUAGCCAGAAACCUCACCUUGAAAAACAUAAAAGGAGUCACACAGGGGAGCGGCCCUUCAUAUGUUCUGACUGUGGGAGAUGUUUUAGCGGUAAACAAAUUCUCCUUAAACAUCAGAAAGUUCAUAUGAGUUGAGGGUCAGAUCCUCCCUCCAUGGUGGCUCCACUCUAUCUGCCUGAGCUUUGUAGUGCCACUGGCGCCACUAUAUGAAGAUUAUGUGUGGAGUAGCCAGGGCCAUGAUGCCUGGGGUCAGAGUUUGGGGGGAUUCACAUAAUACAGCUGCAUUUCAGCAUCUGUUGCAGCACAAGACUCAGGAUCCUCUCGAUUUCUACUAAACAUUUAUCACGUGAACUUUAUAUGGGGCCCAUAUCCUGUGGGAAGAUCCAGUCCUGCUCUGUAUAUAGUCAAUGAAACUGUGACUACAACCUUUAAAGGGGCAGAAUAAUAAUUCAUGUUCUGCUGCUUGAUCCCCUGCGCCUGCCAAUGGCGCCCAUUCCCCCGCUUCCUUCGGGAGCACCAACAUGCAGGGAAUACUCCGUCAGCCAUCACUGCUGCAACAGGGGAUUGGGCAGGGAGUAUGUGCUUUUAUUUGUUUUUUAGCAGCCUGAUCCCUUUUACAUUUUUCUUUCCCUGGAAUUCCCCUUUAAAGUCAAUGUGCGCCAUUAAAACCAUUUUAUACCACUGUAC